CUCUUAUUUGAUCACUCAGGCACCAAAAUCCUUUCAUUUCAUUUGGUCGAUCUAGAAUCGGUGUAUAAGUUAGUUUGGUUCCUCCAAUUUCAGUUCUGCUGGAAAAAAUUGAGUUACUUUUGGGUUAAAGGAAGGGCGCCUUAUGGAUCGAAUUCGUUUAGUUUAUAAAUGAAAGAUAGGGAUUGUGAUAUUUAAAAAUAUCUUUUGUGCCGUUGCAUUUUAAGAUCUUAGUCAUAAUAAAUUUAGUGUAUGUUUAAUUUCAGAAGAAACCUUGUGUAUAGUAUGUACGGAUUAUGUAAUUAUGUUUCUCCAAGGUAGUGAUGAGCAUCAGUGAUCAGUUUUGGUCAUUUGAGAUUUUGAUUUUAGGGUUUUGAUAUGACAAGAAACUACGAAUAGAUGAAGUAUCCAUCUUCCAUUUAAUGAUAUGCUAGUGUCAAGACUGGGGGGACUUGUAAAGUAGCUUUCAGAUAUGUUCACUUCUUAGCAUAUUAGCCUGUUUUGACUUCAGGAACGGUGUAAACACAAAUUAACUGUCUUAAUUAUGUCCGUGUGCAAUGUUUUUCCUUGGGGAAACUUUCUCAGGGCCGUCCUGUUAGGGUAUGGAUUGUGUUGACGAGAGUAAAUUAUCAUGGUGCAGUGCCUAGACGGAUACAAGCAUUUGUGUGCUUUUGUUUUAAAUUGUUGUAAUUUGGAUUUGUAUAAGCAACCUGGACUUGAAGAUCCUGAAAUUCUUGCAAGCGAAACUGUCUUUAGUGUAAGCGAAAUAGAAGCGCUCUAUGAGCUGUUCAAGAAGAUUAGUAGUGCUGUUAUUGACGACGGACUGAUCAACAAGGAAGAGUUUCAAUUAGCUCUAUUUAAAACAAACAAGAAGGAAAGCUUAUUUGCGGACCGGGUCUUUGACUUGUUUGACACAAAGCACAAUGGGAUAUUAGGUUUUGAAGAGUUUGCUCGUGCUCUCUCCGUCUUUCACCCCAAUGCUCCUAUUGAUGAUAAGAUUGGGUUUUCUUUUCAGCUAUAUGAUCUCAAGCAGCAAGGAUUUAUCGAGAGACAAGAGGUGAAGCAAAUGGUAGUUGCCACACUUGCUGAAUCAGGAAUGAAUCUUUCAGAUGAUGUGAUCGAAAGUAUCAUCGACAAGACAUUUGAGGAAGCGGAUACCAAACAUGACGGGAAGAUAGAUAAAGAGGAGUGGCGAAACCUUGUUUUACGACAUCCUUCUCUGUUGAAGAAUAUGACCCUUCAAUAUCUCAAGGACAUCACGACGACUUUCCCGAGCUUCGUGUUCCAUUCUCAAGUUAACGAUACUUGAGAUAGUGUCAGAGUUUAUUUGUUGAGUGGUGCUGAUAGUGCUUGUUUCUUUCUGUAUGAUUCCGAUGCUAGCUUCAGGGUAAUGAUAAGAAGUGGGCUCAUAGUAUGCCGGUAAUGCUGUUUUACUCUCCUAUAGUUUGUGUCAGAUCUAAGUGGAGGGAUUAGAUUGAGAGUUUUCAACGUGAGUCUGACUAUUCAUGUAUUCAUGUGACAUGUAUGAGACUUAUAAAAGCAAUGUUGUGGUUCUCUCUUUAUCUUGCGUGGGGUGGUUACUGCUGAAAACAAAGAACAAAAAUAAGAUGCUCCUCUUCAUAUA